AUGUCGAACGACGACGUGGCCGUCCUGGGCAUCAAGCCUGAAGAUUUCUUGAACCUAGACCAGCGCCAGAUAGAGGAGAAGCUGGAUAAUGCAGUCCCUCGCUACAUCGACGAUUGUCAGCUCCUCGACAUCUACGCGGAGUGGUUAUCGAAGCAGGUUCCGAAGCUUGGAUACAAAUCUGCCCUCAACACUUCCCACACGAUUCGCGCAGGAUGCGACUAUCUCAGUGCGAGAAAUUACGACAAGGGAGUGGUCAUUGGCGCUUUCUGGAGACACAGGGAUGCAUACAUCAGAAAUCAUCCGGGCGGUGCACGGGAAUUCAACUUCGCCAAACGCGACAUUGAGAUCAACUACAAGAAACUGCCGACCGCAGCGCCUGCCUCCUCCAUCGCGCCUUCCUUACAGAAGGACCAGUCGCAAUCGAAUGGACCUGUCAAGAAUGUCAAGUCUCCUUCACCAACUUUGGCAACACCGAAGUCAAAUGUCCAGUGCAAUCCUGCGACUAUCGACGAGUUGAAGUAUGACUUGGUCAUCCGUGAACGCCUCGACAAGGUCAGGUCCGACAACAACAUGACGUUCACCCCAUCCGUGCCGCCGAAGGGGGUGCCUCCUGAUAGCUAUACUUGCAGAAGAUGUCACUACAUACAGAAUUGCAAGACGAACGGCAAUCCUUCCUUCGACUGCAAACCUCCCAAAGGCUACAUCUGUCGCGGCUGUGGCGAAGCCGAAACUCACUUCGUCUCCGCCUGCCCUAGAUUUUCAUCAUCCGGUCCCGCCAAAUCUGCCGGUAGCCGGUCUCGCAAGAAGUCGAAAUCCUCGAAAACGGAGUCGAAGAAGAAAUUAUCAGUGGACCAGAGACCUCGAUCUGGAUCCGUCAAGCAGUCGACACCGCCUUCCUCCACUGUGACGGAAUGCCGCAGCACAAACGCUCGCAUGCCAAGGCAAGGAGAUGUUUUUCCCGAGCGAAGAAACAGAUCCAGGUCUCCUCCUGCACAAACUCCCAAGACUCGCGACGACCACAUGAGCGAGGAUAGAGCUCGUUACAUUCAGUAUCACACGGACAGAUAUCGUCCUGGUCGGUCUGCGUCUCCUGAAAUCCAACCCCUAGUUGGAGGGGGUCCUCUGCGCUCCGGGAGCAACACAGAUCCCAUCGGCCGACGACCUCGACGAGAUUCGUAUCGCAAGCUUGAUUCAUACCGCCCGUCGAGUAAAGUUGCAGAGCCUGCCAGCAGUAUCAAGAUGGCCAAAAAGAACAUCACGAGCACCAAGAAACAACCAUUGGCGCCCGAUCAUUCAAACGGAAGGGCUUCGGAUGGGAGACUCUCGCCUUGGGACGACAUGCAGCCUCCCAUCAAGAAGCGUAUCCGAGAAGAUUCUCCCGAUGUGCAAGGUCUUCCGUGGGACGACAUCCAGACACCGCCCAAGAAGCGCCUUCGAGAUGGCUCAGACGUGUCCAAUUCGAAAGCAUCAUGCACACCGGCGCAGGACUUGUUCCAGAACCACAAGCCGGUGACUGGCGUACUGGAGCCAUACGCUGUGAAGCCAGAUGCAGCCGACCAUCAUGCCGCGGAAGUUGAUGCCGCAGAUGCAGAUGUUAUGGAAGCAGAUAUCAUGGAAGCCGAUGCCAUGGAACCCAAUGCCAUGGAAGCGGGUGCCACAGUAGCAGGUUCCAUGGAGGAGGGCUUGGAGGAAGACUUCGUUCCUUUCAGCUCUUCGGACGACUAUGACGAACCAGGAUUUGACGCCGACUCCUUCUUGGCGGGAGUUGAGCGGGAUUUAUGGUAUCGCUCCUGCACCUCGGCCAGUACCUCGAGUUCUAUCGCGCAGGACUCCGACGUCGGUAUUGACCAGAACUAUCCUCUCGACCACACCGAAGCUUGCAUCAGCCCAGGCUCCGAUAUCCCGACUCAGCAGAAUCGCGACUUCACCAACAAGGCUGCUGAUAGCCCUGAAUUCACAAACGACAACCAUGACGGACUUUACUCGCUUGAGUCCUCGAUUAGCUGCGAUACACAGUUCCAGUCUCCUGCAGCACCAACCUUGGGGGAGUACAACGAUAAUGCCGUUAUGACCGAUCUUCUCACAGACACAACUUGCUUCCGCCACAGCAGCUGUGGUGUCGAAACUACCCCUGUCCAGAUCAUUCAACCGUUCCAGACUCUGAAGCCUCUCCGGAGAGAUCCCCCAUACGAUCGACAUGUCUUGGGACUUUUCCGCGGCCGCGAGCAUGCGCACGUUUACGUCAAUGUCCUUCGCCGCAGGAACGCUAUCGACAUGUAUGAGGCGAACUAG